GCGCAGCAACAAAGACCCAACGCAGCCAAAAAUAAAUAAAUCUAUUAAAAAAAAAAAAAACUACUUCCUAGUUUUUUGGGGAAAGUUAAGCAAGGUAACAGUGGUCAAGUCCUUGGUAUGAAGUCUAGCACCUAGUAAACAUCAGAAAUACUAUUACUACUAUUAUUAUUAAUGGAUGGAAAGGAAAAUAAGUCAGAAACUUAUGAGUGAAACACUCUCCCAUCCAAAAGAGGGUUCAGAGCUUGGGUAGGGAUGGGUGAAUGGGUGUCCCACAUAUUAAUUUCUCUUCUGAGGACUUCUGAUCUAUCUCCAGUUUUUCUCAUAAAGAUGGGAAAUCACUUGUCCCCACCCCCAUCUGUCUAUUCCUUGGAAUUUGGGGAUUUGUGUGAAUAUGAGCUGGCCAGCCCCCUCUCCUUAGAAAUCCCCUCUUGGUUUCCAGGAUCCAGAGGAAGGGAAAGAUGAAGGGAGUUAUGCCAGGCCAGGCUCCCUCCAGCUGUUCUGUUGACCCAGGUGUUGGGCAUAUGAAAAUGGUAACUCAAGAAAGGGACAGUGCUGCUGAGUCAGGAGGUUGAAUCCCAGAGGUCUGAGAUGUGGGAAGAGGUGGUGGGCCUCCUUCCAAGGAACAUUCCUUCUCAACUCUGCUUGUCUCAAGGGAGAGACUGGUUCCCAGCCCAUGGAUGGGCAGGCACUGUAAUGACCUGGGGAGGCUACCCCCAGGCUCCAUGGUUGUUCUGAGGGCACCAGGGAGUCUUCUACAUCACCACCAGCACCAGAGAGAAGAACCACAGAGAAGAGAGUGAGGAUAAGGGAUAAACCUAGGGAAGGGCACGCAGCUCCUCACUCAGGCCCCUCCAUCCCAACCAUCAUCUAGAGGCCAGCCCUGUGGCUGAUGACACAAAUGCCACCAGGGAGGUGAUAGUGCAGACUCUCUCUCUGGAGCUGACAGCACAAGGUCCCCUUCUCUUGGCCAGACUGCAGGCUGCUUAGGUUCUUAGAGCUGAAACCAAGGAAAGCAGAAGAGAAGAAAAGAGGGAGGGCAGGGUCAGUUUCCAUCAGAAAGAGGGGGGCAGAGGGGAAUCCACAGAACGGACUUGGAGGGGAAUUUCUGAGCAGAGAAAGUGAAAGUUCCGGGCCAUAAAUGGGUAGAAGUGACAGCUUCCUCCAGCUUCAUCCACUCUCGCAUUCCCAGACCCCUUCACACACCACACUUCUCGGCACUCUCACCCACUCCCAGCCAGGCCUCGGCUUCACACAGACUCUGCCCAGAUUCACUCACGCUCACAGCUUGCUGGCAGUCAGUCUCCGCUCAUCCUCCAUGGCAUCCCAUGCAGCUGCACUACUAGCCCUCAGCCUGCUGAUUCUCUGGACCUCCCCUGCUCUGGGAGAUGCCAACGACGCUGAAGACUGCUGCCUGUCUGUGGCCAAGCGCCCCAUCCCUGGAUUCCUGGUGCGAGCCUAUCGCUACCUGCUCAUCAACAAUGGCUGCAGUGUGUCUGCCGUUGUGUUCACCACCCUGAGAGGUCACCAGCUCUGUGCACCCCCAGACCAGCCCUGGGUGGGCCGCAUCAUCCAGAGACUAAAGAAGAACUCAGCCAAGGCAAGCCUGGCCCUCCCCAGCCCUGCCUCCUCCCUGCAAGCCCCUGUCCAAGACCCCAGCCCAUGACUUUGCCUCUCCUUCCUCCCCCAGGGAAAGCGCUACAGCAGGUAGCCCAUGAUAGCCCCAGAGGGAGCCCUGCGUCUGAGGGAAAGAAUGUGAAUCACUGAAGCCCUGGGGAACCAAGGACCAGAAGGGAGGACCAGGCCUCCUGCUCCCCUGCCCCAGACCUGACCCAGCUGGGGCGGGGCAGGAGUGUGAGUGUGAGUGUGGAUGAGUGUGGUGGAAGCACAACUUCUCCAUGCCCAGACUGCAGUGUUUCCAAUAAAGCCCAGCUGGUACCCACGAA